UUGCUCAUGCCCCUUCUCACAGCAAUAGAGCGCUGCAGGAGGGGCGAAGCAUCCAGAAUAUACUCUAAAGCCAGGUAGGGGGUUCCAGACGCCAGCUCGGAGCUACUCCUGAUUUUCCAUCCAUCUGAAAAUGCGAGUGUUUGCGUGCCGCGUGUGAAAUCUUUGCGUGGUCAUGCUUUCGCACACCGAGGUCACUGAGACUGCGAUCAUCUCCGAGAUGCUGCAGAUGCUCUCAUAAUCUCCAUCCAGCUUCUUCAAACGCACAGCAUGUCUCUCUCUGUUGUGCUUUCAGUGCAUUAGGAUAGUAGGAUAGCUUAGUAUCCAAGGAUUUCUUUGUAAAUCUUUCUCUUAUUGUGCUGCAGCCAUGCCUGGUUCUCCUCUUCUUCAUCAUCCUUCUCCUCAUCAUCUCAUCAUAGGCUCCUCUCUUGUGCUCAUCACAUUUUUAAAAGUUCUUAAUGGCAGCCCAACACCCCUGUCCAGCUCCUCUGCUUCAUCUCAGCCCAUUCUGGAUGUUUCUGUUGGUCUGGAGGAACAUAAUGGUGUCCUUCGUGAAGUGGAAAAUCCCUCCAUACCCGGUUUGGUAGAAAGUUCUCAGGAGAGCUCUGGAUUCUUCAAUGAGGACAGUGAGGAGAACAAGGGUUUCCCGCCGUUGCGGAAAUGGGAUGUUCAAGCAGAGCUCAACUCCAGUCUGGAUGCAGAUGCUUUGAUCGGUUACAAUCCAUCCUCCAAUCGUCCUUCUUCUCUCACCCUUCGCAAGGCUCCCAAGAAGCAUAAUGCCUCCUCAUCCUUCUUCCUCCCAGCAGUUAAAGCUCCAGACACCGAACUGUGGCAGAGGGAGUUUGAGGCCAGCGGUUUUCCAGUACAUUCUUCCUCUCCACUGUCUACUACGGCUGCCGCUCCGCUCAUACGCUCCGUCACUGACACACACUCCUCCAUCACUGAGUCUAUGGCUGGGUUCUUUGGACCAAACAGCCGCCUGCCUGAGGCCACAGCUGGUGCUGACAGUCCCGAGGAGGACUUUGAUGAAGGAAGAGAGAACAUUCUCACCCAGGCACCUACCAUUCCAGAAAUAGGGGUGUUCCCUAGUCAAGUGCCCUUACAGCCUGAUGAUUCCCACCAGGAUGAUUCAGAUGAACAGGAGGAAAAUGAGGAAGUUGUGGUGUUCCCAACUGAGGUAGAUGGACAGGAGGUAGAUGUUUGGAAGCCACCAUCAUCAGCAGAUUCAGACACACCUAUUGUGGCCUUCACUGAAACAGCCUGGCAUGAAGCAGGGGAGGAGGAUGAGGAGUCAGAAGAGUCGGAGCUUCGUCACGGAGGCACUGAUUAUCUGUCAGAGACGGACCUGCAUGGUUCCCAAGAAGCAAUGCAGGUAAUUUGUGUCGACUGGAGUGACAUGGCAGGAAAAGGCUAUGUCGUCCUGAACAUGUCAGAGGAUUAUGAUUGUGAAAAGUUUCGUGAGGAGAGUGGUGACAGGCUGCUGGAGAUGCUGGAGAGCACAUUCUCCAGGAAGAUGAACACUCCCCAGGGCUUGUGGCUCAUCUCACUCAGCAAACCCACCAAACAGGAACACCAGCUUCUCAUGACAAUUGGCAAUGAACAGGGUGUCAUUGUUACUAAAGAGGUGCUGUCAAUGCUGGGAGAAGUAAGGAGAGGAUUAAACGAGAUUGGCAUUCAGAACUUCUCCAGCGUGAGCACAUGUCACUCCAGGCCCAGCCAGACACGCAGCGAUUACGGCAAACUGUUUAUCGUGCUAGUGAUCAUUGGCUCGGUGUGUGUUAUCAUCAUUGCAUCUGGGCUCAUCUACAUCUGCUGGCAGCGCCGCCUUCCUAAAAUGAAGAGCAUGUCACGUGGCGAGGAACUGCAUUUUGUGGAGAACGGCUGCCAUGACAACCCCACGCUGGACGUGACGAGUGACGGCCAACCGGAGCCACAGGAGAAAAAGCACAGCACCAACGGCGUGCCAGCAGGCACUGGAGCUUGGCAGGGCAUGCCGAACAAGUCAGGCAAGGACGAGGAAGACAAUCAGGAGGAGGAUACUCACCUCUAAUAAGGAGCAGAUCAAAGUGCGAGCGGAAAAAUUGUUAGAAAAGUAAGGUAUUCCAUCAGGGCACAGAAUACCACAGCUUUUUUUUUUUCCAACUACCUGCUGAAUAUUUAGAGUAAUUGUCUUUGGCUUGUACGGUCUUUUAUUUAUCUGCACCAGUGAAAGCACGUUCAUGUUCAAUCAGAGUGCUGUGGGUUGAUUAACAGUGCAAGCGCAAAGAGGCCUCGUUAAAAAAAAAAGUUAGCCGUACUAAUAGAGGACAGUUUCGUUCCAGGGUGCAAAGCUACUAGAAACAUGUAUGGAAAAACCUGCCAGAUUCAGUAAGUCUUGCACUGUCAGAACUCCACAGGAUAGCAGUAUUCUGUAGGAUCUUUAAUGCAUAAUAAUGUAUCUCAACUUGCUUUACAGUACACGCAUAUCCUGUUUUCUUUUCGUAUGAAUGCAUCUAGUGCAAUUUUCCAAGCAGUACAUUAGCGCAGUGUGUUUUAACAUGGUAAAGUUGCAGCCAGCUGGCCUUGAACCUGGCUCUUUAAUCGCUUGUUGGAAUGGCCUCUCUACAAAUGAGAUGUUUUUCAGUGUUCUUUGUUUUCAGUGUUAUAGUUAAGGUUCUCGUAGUUGCCACUCAUUUACAGAGUGGUCUCACACAUAUUUACUGUAAAAAGAUGUACUGCACAGGGCUUACAUUUAAAACACGCACUUAAACAUUUCAUUUUUGUUUGAGUGUUUUUUCAUCUUAAUGGCAAAAUGGAGGUAGAGCAAACAUUUAAGAAUGAGUGGAUGCCGGCGUUUGGUGCAUUUUUGCAACCUUUAAAUUAAUACCCCAGUCAUUUUUGACAUAAUGUCCAAUACAUCUGUGUGUAUCUAAUUACCACGUUUUGCAUUAUGAAAGAACGAAAAGAAAGAAAAAACAGUUUACGAGAAACUCGUGUGAUUCAGGGUAGCCGGUCCACCUACAGACAUGCCUUUAGGUGGGAGGAAACUGGAAUACAUUUAGGAAAUCCACCAGUACACAGGGAGAACAUUGUAUCAAUGGUUCUAAAAUGGGAUUCAGCGACUGCUCUUGAUUACUGUACAAAAGAAAUGUAUUUUCUGUGGUAUUUAAUGCAGGUACAAAUGCAGUGGGCAGGGAUUACGUUGAAGAAAAUCUGAGUUGAACUUUAAUGACUGCUGGUCUAUAUAAAGUGAAAACCGUUCCCUGUGGUUUACAGUGUAGUCACUUCAGCAUAACAGAUCAUACUGGUAUUAUUUGUCACACUUUCUUUCACAUAGCUCUAAUUACAGCAUAACAAUCAGGGCACAAUAAAGAUCGGUUACGAUGUCCUGAUUAUGGAAAUAUUCAUUACAGCAUGUAGUAUUUCUUGACAACACACUGUGUACUACAUGGAUACAUUCAAAUAAAAUUGAUGAUUAACAAAGGCUUGUCUCAGUGUUGGAAGUAGCUUUAAUUUGGAUGGACAGAUGCCCCAUCAGGGAGUUUUACAGAAAUCUUUUCACCCAAAACUUUAUUUCCAUAACACAUACAUAGACAAAUUUGUGUUAGUUUUAAAUGACAUUUCGAAUGAAACUUAAUAUUGUGUGAAAAUCAGAACUUGUGUAACAAUUUGGCCUUCAGAUGUUUGUCAGCAGGUUCAAGGAUGAGGAUUGAUACCACACACAGCUAACAGGAUCUAUUUGUCCAAAAUGGCCGCCUGUACAACUGUUUAGCCACAUGGUGAUAUUUGUCUAGUAGAUUAGAGAAACAAGUGAUGACUUGUCAUAAUAUUAGAUGGCAACCGAAAAUCUAAGAAAACGAUGAAGCUGUUGAGGCAGAGGAAUGCAGUGUUCUCUAACGUUUCAUUGUUGGCAUAAUGAAGAAUGAAGUGGGGCAGCUAUUACACAUAUAUGCUUUAAGACAGAUACUCCAGUGUAUUCAUUAUUUCUUUAAAUGUUUUAAGUGUUUUUAGUCUGUAAAGACCGACUGGGUUUACCCAUUGUUGUUAAAGAAUCAUUCAUUUCAACCCAAAAACUUGUAGUUCUGUCAACUGUUCUAAACCGUGUAUGUUUUUUGGGGGAGAUGAUAAAUCGAUUAUCCACCUCGUUCAUGCGUACUACAGUCGUGACGACAUCAUCUCAGUUACGGAUGAUUACACGUCAUGAAAAUUUCUGAUAUUAUGGUUAAAAGAAUUUUAUCAAGUAGCAAUUGGAGCUCAGAUCCAGUCAGUGUUUUGCUCCUUGUAAUCAUUUGACUGUUGCUGGUUUCAUGAAGUCUUAGCUGGAUGGUAAUCAGCUCCAUUCUGUCACAGCAUCGAUUUCAAAAUCAGCUGCCUUGAGGUUUUUUGUGUACAAAUAAUCAGAUGAUAAUUCUAUGAAUUGUGAACUAAACAUUAAAUCCUUGUACAAGAGUAAAAAUGCUUAGCUCUGAUAGCAUAUGUCUGACAGACACACCUGACAGUAAGUCAUACUAUCUUCUAAAACCACAUCAUCGAAUAGAUUCCAGCUAGAUUUUGGGUGCAAGUCCUAUUCGGCUACGUGAGAAAUGAAUACAAUAGUAAAUAAAGCUUCAGUUAAGUAGAGCUGUACAAAUUCUGCCUAAUAGAGAAAGUAUAUUUUUGGUGAAAUCAUUUCGUUUGUACAUAUGGCUCCACACGUUAAACGUCACAUGGUAAUCAAUAUUUCCGUGUUAAGCUAUCUGUAACUGAUCUUUAUUUACUAGUUACUACAGUUGUGAUGUUACACUAUAUUGAUUGUUCCUGUUUUACUAAACCACCUGCUUUAUCUAUAUGACAGUUGACAGUUUGUAUGUAAUGUACUGAUUUAAUGUGCAUGAUAUUAUGCCGUUAUAGUAAUAUAUCCGAAGCACAUAUCAGACGUUGGCAGUAUUAAAACGAUCCAAACCGUGGUUAUUGCAAAGCUAGAUGUCUUGGAUAGUUCAUUAUAUCCAUUUUCUGUACGCUAUUACCUGUAUUGUAAUAAUAAUAAUAAAAAAAGCUGAUUGAUCACAUCAGAGAUCUAGAACAGGCUUGAUCUUGAUAAUCAUAGAGUAAGCAUAGGGUUUUUUUGGUACUCUACUACUGUAACCGUACAGCUUUGUUUGCAACUGCACUGUUAUUUUUUAUUUUGAUGUUUAUCUUGAAUGCUUUGUAUGGAGAUCCUCUUAACCGCUUUGUAUGGACCGUUUGUACAGACAAACUCCGAACUCAUUGUUAUUUAUUGUAAGUUUAGGUUUGACCGUUUUUGAAAUGCAAGACAAUAAAUGUUCACAGAAACCAA